CCCUGAUACAUUGAACCUAAUCGUCUGCAGCCCUGAAGUCUGGGCAGAAUGUGCCGGAGAGCAGAGCCGCGGUGUCUGCCAAGCAAGUGAAAAGCUGCAGGUGGUUCCCGGGUGCAGGCUCGUACGCCAGCCCGGAGCCACGCGCGCAGCCCGGGACCCUGCAAGUCCCGACGCCGAGAGGUGCCGACGGUGGAGAGCCCCCGCCUUGAGACGCGUCAUCUCCUCCCAAGUCGCCGGGGCCGGGCCAGAGCUCCCUCCGACGGCCCCCUGAGCCCCGUGCACUCACAGACCCCCUCCCAUGAUUCAGAAGUCACGCCCGGCGCUGCUGCAACCUCAAGAUGUGGGAGACAGGAUGGAAACGCUUAUGUUGCACCCAGCGAUCAAGGCUUUCCUGUGCGGCUCCAUCAGUGGCACCUGCUCUACCCUCCUUUUCCAGCCCCUGGAUCUCCUCAAAACGCGCCUGCAGACACUCCAGCCCUCGGCCCAUGGAUCCAGGCGCGUGGGGAUGCUCACUCUGCUUCUGCAGGUGGUCCGCACCGAGAGUCUUCUGGGCCUGUGGAAAGGGAUGUCCCCUUCCAUCGUGAGGUGUGUCCCUGGUGUUGGAAUCUACUUCGGGACUCUCUACUCUCUGAAGCAAUACUUCCUGCGAGGCCAUCCCCCCACUGCCAUGGAGUCUGUCAUGCUGGGGGUGAGCUCUCGCUCGGUGGCAGGGGUCUGCAUGUUGCCUAUCACUGUGAUCAAGACGCGUUACGAGAGCGGGAGGUACGGCUAUGAGAGCGUCUACGCAGCCCUGCGGAGCAUCUACCGCAGCGAGGGCCACCGGGGCCUCUUCAGUGGCCUGACAGCGACACUCCUUCGUGAUGCCCCCUUUUCUGGAAUCUACCUGAUGUUUUACAACCAGACCAAAACCAUCGUGCCCCAUGACCAGUUGGAUGCAGCCCUUAUUCCCGUUGUAAAUUUCAGCUGUGGGAUAUUUGCUGGUAUUCUGGCCUCCCUGGUAACUCAGCCUGCAGAUGUUAUCAAAACGCAUAUGCAGCUCUCCCCAGUGAAAUUUCGGUGGAUUGGCCAGGCAGUGACAGUCAUCUUCAAAGACCACGGGCUGCGUGGCUUCUUCCGAGGCGGUGUCCCCCGGGUCCUCCGCAGGACUCUGAUGGCAGCCAUGGCGUGGACAGUCUAUGAGGAGAUGAUGGCCAAGAUGGGCCUGAAGUCCUGAGCCAGGGGCACCGGGAAGAGAUGGGAUCUGUUGCCCUGCCUGGUUUCUGCCAAGAGCCGCUUCGUCGCUAUCCUGGACUGAGACGAAGCCCCGUGGGGAAAGCCAGGCAGAUAAGUCACCUUGGUACCCAGUUCAAGUAGCGAACAGGUGGUCCUGACUUGAGCUUUCAGAAUCUCCCUGAAGAGGAGCCACUGAGACAUACAGCCCCUGGGGGAGAAGGGCUUGCACACCCUGCAAACCUGAAAGCUUUUCCAGGGAGAGUGCUCUGUCGGGGGUCUCCGCUUCAGCCACCCCCCUAUACCACCGUGCCUCUUUGGGUCUGUUCUUGGACAAGGAAGUGCAAAGCCAGAGAAGCUGUGGGCCACCUGCCGUGACUGAGGAACUCCAGCGGGGAGGGGGAGGCCGGUUCUGCAGAAAGAGGAGUCACUGUCAUCAGGCCAAAGUCCACAUCGGAGAUGAUGUGGGGAUGAGGAAGAAAAGGUGUCAUGACUUCAUUGGUUCAUUAACCUGGCACAGGCCCUGCAGAAGGGGGGACAGUGGCUUCCUAGCCUCUGUGUCCAAAUAAAGGUUUUUUAUUUGGUCCCAGCA